GAAUAGAGGAGUAUCGAGAUAUGAGGCCAGAAUAACUUGUGCGGAGAGACAUAGAAGAGUAUCGAGAUAGGAGGUCAGUCAAAAUAGCUUGUGCGGAGAGACAUAGAGGAGGAGUCGAGAUAUAUGAGGUCCUUAAGUAACUUGCAUCGAGAGCCGAGGCCGCCGAGAGGUAACUUGAACCCUGAGGACAGGUUAGAAGAAAACGCGGGUGCCCAAAGGCUAUGAGGUCCCCGUGAGGGAGAUACUUAUGAGGUCUGAUGAAUGGGGGGGAAUGGGCGAGAGGGUCCCUUUUUAUAGACCUGGGGAUCGGGAUGGGCCGGGUGAAAAAAAAAACUCCUCGGGAUCCCGGGCCAGGUGGUUCAUAAAAAAACAAGGGGGAGAAUAUUGAGGAAGGUGGUGACUCCGACAGGGCCACGAGAACGUGUCAAACGCGCGUGGAAAAGAAGGAACGCGAGAGUGUUCGCGUGGUUCGGACAUGGCAUUUGGAAUUGGGGGGGAAGAGAAGGACGACGAGGAAGAGAAUUGAGGGGAGGAAGAAGAAUGCUGUUCACAGGCAUCUGUUCAUGAACGCUCAUUGUAAAGAUGGGAAAACAAAAGAACGACAAUACGCAACGCAUCUAUCUGCCUCUGGCGUGAAAAAAAGUCCAGACAGGCAGAACAGCAAACACCUCAAAAGUGUUCACAUACUGCAAAGUGCCUGACGGAAAACACGGCAUAUCUCUGCCUCAAAAGGAAUGGCAGACUCUGCUGCUGUUCUGGGAAAAACACAGACGACACUUUUGGGUGGUAGCCAAACUCAACAGAGACGACCCCCCUCAAAAACAAGACAAAACGCUCAUACAAGACAGCUAUGCAUUCCCCCUACGUAUUUCCCUUGAAGCUGAAAACGACGGUCAAGGCACCUACGAACAAAAGCUUACGGCACUGCUACAAACCCCGUCGCCAAAACACUCAACUACAAGCUAUUUUCCCACGCGAUGGAGCGGACCAAAGCUUUACACGCACUCAAAGAGCAGCUCUAUAAACCGUUUCUGUCAACCUCCUAUUGCCACGUCCCUAUUGUUUCCCACGCACUCAAUACACACACCCAAAGAACAGUUCUUUGAACACUUUCCUUCAACCUCCUACUGCCAACCUUCACGACGGUGGACGUCAACCGUUUCCCUCGCGCACUGUCCACACACACCAAGGGGCAGGUCUAUAAAUCCUUUCCGUCAACCUACUAUUGCCAAGCGUUCGCGACGGUGGACGUCCCCGGUUUCCCACGCGCACAAUGUACGCACCUAAGGAACAGUUGUUUGAACCCUUUAUUGCCAAGGGUUCACGACGGUGGACUUCCCCCGUUUCCCAUGCGCACCCCAAAGAGCAGCUCUAUGAAUCCUUUCUGUCAACCCACUAUUGCCAAUCCUUCACGACGGACAAGACGGGGACACCCGUUUCCCACACAGACGGUCUACAUCCACACAUCACCGAAAUCCAAAACCCACAUUGUCAAGAUUCAAAAAUAGGCACGCUACGCAUUCAAACGUCAUGCGCAAACACAAACUCGUCAAGUGUCCUUUUACUAGCAGUUGAAAGCGUGCCCAUCAAACAGAUCCCAUCAUGCAGGGUUGCAUACCCUUACAAGCACACACGUAAUCCUAUCAAGAAACUUGACACUCCUACAUAAAACUACCUAUCGUCCUCCAUGUAAAAUCCCAUACCUAAUAAAUACCCAAUACACAAACGUAAUAUAAAGCUCG